GGAUCAUCCUAUGCUCCCUCAGAGUCACACGGCGGAUCAGUGAGUGCAGGCAGGCGACCACAACUCCAGCGCGCGGAUCUGGGGAGGGGGUAGCAAAAGCAUUUCGGGUGAUUAGCCGCAUCAGCUAUGAACAUCCACAACGUUAAGUAGAAGUAGGAGCUGUCACACCAUAAACGCGUCGAGGAUGAACGGGACCGCUGUGGCCACGGGAUCGGCUUCCUGCCGUUUCGCCCACUAUUUUGCUGUGUGUGGAGUGGACACGGAGACGGGCCUGGAACCGGACGAUGGAGCAGGCGAGGGCUUUGAGCAGAGCCCCAUCCGACGGUCCUUCAAGUCAAAGGUUCUGGUGCACUACCCUGAAAGCACAGACAAGAACCCCUUCAAUAAAGAUGCUGUCAACAUGCUCUGUAUGCCGAGGGGUCUUUCCUUCCGCACGCAGGCAGACAGGCUCGACACUCAGUUUCACUCGUUUACGAUGUCUUUUGACGACGGUACUCGCUCCUACGGCUUUGUUCACACCUUCUACGAAGAGGUGACCAGUGCUCAGAUCGUCACUGCAAUGCAGACUCUCUACCAGAUGCACCAUGUGGAGCACCAUUCAGCUUCAUCCUCUUCCUCGCCCUCUUCCUCGUCUUCAUCUGCCUCCUCGCCCUCAACCUCCAGCAUGGACUCGCUAAUGAGCAGCUUGGAUGAGUCAGACGCGGAGUCUCUGGCGGGGGUUUCCGCCUGCGUCGGCUGUGCAGGCUCCUUCGAUCCGGCACGGGACACUCUGUAUGUGUCCAAAGCCCUCUGCCUCCUCACGCCUCUCCCUUUCCUUCAGGCUGCUCGACAGUUUCUGUCUCAGUUGCAUCAGGCUGUGGUGUCACACACAGCCCCACCCCUCCCUCUGGAGAGCUAUAUCCAUAACAUCCUGUACGAGGUGCCCCUGCCUCCUCCUGGCAGGUCGCUGAGGUUCCACGGGGUGCAGGGACCCAUCGUGUGCCAGAGGCCAGGGCCGGGCGAGCUUCCGCUGGGGGAGUAUCCUCUUGGGGAAGCAUUCUCCCUGCUGGGUGUGGACAAUAUGGUGCAACUACUUACCUGUGUGCUUCUGGAGACGCAAGUUCUGCUUUGCUCUCAUGACUACCAGCAUUUGAUGACUGUGGCAGAGGGCAUCACCACAUUGCUGUUCCCAUUCCAGUGGCAACACAUCUACCUGCCCAUUGUCUCUGCACCGCUGCACCACCUCCUGGAUGCCCCUGUGCCAUUCCUGAUUGGUAUCCAGCGCAGAAACGGAGCUCAGCGAUCCUCCCUCCACCUGCCACAUGAGGCCAAUAUGUGCUUUGUGGACAUUGACAGCCAAUGUGUCGAGACCCCCGAGGACCUUCCUGUGUUUCCAGACCAGACUGAGCUAAUCCAGGAGUUGAGUGAGGUACUGCUGCGUUUUGGGCUCCCUCCACAGGGCGGUGUGAAUCCUAAGCCUGCCACCACCUCUCCCCGCCUGAGCAGUCUGGUGCUGGAGGAUCUGAUGGAGGACAGAAGGAACGGGAACCUUGGAGGCGAGGAGCUGGCGGUGCUGGAGAGGCUGCAGGCUCUGGCGCGGAGAUGCGGAGGAGGAAAAAUGUCAGGUGGAGAGAAGAUGCUGGGACACGUGUUUGAGGAGGAGGAGGAAGAGCUGAAGGCUGCAAAGCUGAACAUUCAGCUGAGGGAGGUGUUUGCUGGACGCUUUGCCGCCAUGUUUGGCAGGUACGAGGAGUUUGUCAUCCACAGCUCUCUUGAUUUGGACUCGUGGUUGAGCAACCGAGAGGGGACAUUCAGCUUUGACAAGGGUUCCUUCCUCUCCGUUCAGCCUGCGAACCACUUGCGCUUCUUGUCCCGGUUCCUGGAGACAUCCAUGUUUUCAUCCUUUGUGGAUGGAAAGGUGAUAUCUCGCUGGGCUGAUAGAGAGCCACUGCAGCAGCUGUUUGACAGCCGUCUAGAGAGAGAACGACUGUAUGACACGGACGAAGAGGACUCCCGUAACAGUCGCUAUAGGAAAUGCACCACACUCUUUGAGUCAGCUCAGGCCAUUGAGCGCAGACUGCUGAAGGCUGACCACACAGCCAUACACCCCCACCUGCUGGACAUGAGGAUUGGCCAGGGCCGUCACCAUCCGGGCUACUUCCCUAAACUGCAGGCUGAUGUGCUUGUACAGGGACAAAACAACAAGUGGUCCAGUCGUGGUACAGCAUCACGCAGGACCGACCCCAAGAGAUCAACGGCGACUGAACACCCAGGAGUGGACAAUGAACAGAGACAGAAGCACACAUUUGCGAGGAAAAACCUCCGCCAGUCUAAACUACUUGACCCGUCGCCUCAAGCUGUCGCUGAGACUCACCGAGAGUUUGUUGACGGGCUGCUGAGUGAGUGUCGUCUGAAGACGAAACGGAUGUUGAUGGAGAGGAUGGGGAAGGAAAGUGUGGAACUGGGUCAGGGAGAAGCCAACAUCACAGGCCUGCAGGAAAACACACUCAUCCACGGUCUAUGUGACCUACUGGAGAGGACCUGGGGCCAUGGUCUGCAGCUGAAACAGGGGAAGUCUGCUCUUUGGUCCCAUCUGCUUCACUACCAGGCGGCCCAGGGGAAGAUGGAGACACCAGCUGAGUCUCCAGGGUCAGACCAGAAAACGUUUGAUGAUGGCACUCUGCUUCUGAGAGGAUCAUUAAUGCAGGAUAUGAGGUUUAUCCAGGUCAUGAGUGAGGGUCUGUCUGAGGUGGGUCAGGCCCGGGCCUGGAUCCACCUGGCUCUGGAGAAGAAAAUGCUAUCCCAGCACCUUAAAGAGUUGCUUACAAACCAGGAGCUGCUCAGGCAGCUGUAUAAACCUCAUGCUUUCCUGCUCUGCGAGGAAGAAAGGGAGCAGUUUUUGUUCCACCUGCUCUCUCUCAACACUGUGGACUACCUCUGCUUCACACGCGUCUUCACCUCCAUCAGUAUUUCAUACCGUGUUGUGAUAAUACCCAUGAAGAAGCUGAGCAUUGCGAUGGCAACAGUUAACCCAUGGGUGUGUGUGUCAGGAGAACUGGGUGAUUCUGGAGUGAGACAGAUCCCGAAGAAUGCACAAGAGAUUUUUUUCCAGUGCAAGAACCUGGGCAGGCUGAGCACUCUGCAGCUGGGACAGGAGAACUCUGGCUUGCUGGCCAAGUGUCUGAUUGACUGUGUGGUGGUGUAUAAUGAGAUCACUGGACACACCUACAAGUUCCCAUGUGGCCGAUGGCUGGGGAAAGGCGUGGGUGAUGGCAGCUUGGAAAGAGUUCUCAUUGGUCAGCUGGUGUCACCUGGUGGAGAGGAGGAUGCUGGAAGGUGGACAGGGACGCCUCCGGAGCUGGCCUCUCCUUCUCAGAGUAUGCGGACAGUGCUGGGAUCGCUUGGCAGCCGAAGCAGAUUGCUGUCUGUUGAAGUACAAGAGGACAUGAGGGAGGCAGCAAAUAACCUUGUUAAACACUUCCACAAACCCGAACAAGAGAGGGGAAACUUGACGGUCUUGUUAUGUGGUGAAGGAGGUCUGGUGCUUUCCUUGGAGAAGUUCCUCCUGCAUGGCUUCAAAUCCAACCGUCUUUUCCAGAGGAACGUGUUUGUUUGGGACUUUGUAGAGAAGGCAGUGGUUUCCAUGGAGACAGCUGAUCAGAUGGGUGACCUGCAUGGAUCAACAGUGACAAAGGGUCCAUCUUUUGACUCACUGUGCCACUACGUCAACGCAAUUAAUGCCUCGCCACGAAACAUCGGGAAAGAGGGCAAGUUCCAGCUGUUCGUCUGCCUGGGAAUCAGGGACCGGCUUCUCGCUCAGUGGCUUCCCCUGCUGGCAGAGUGUCCCCUGACAGUGCGAACAUAUGAGGAAGGCGCUCUCUUACGGGACCGUGCUGCUGUACACUCCCUCUACCGUAUCUUGCACACACUCACUGAGUUUACCAUCACCCUGGAGACUGCACUGGUAAAGGGAGUUGACCUCUGACCCCUGGCAGAUAAGCACAGAGUCCAGCCCCUGCUCUGUAUCCUACUGCAGGAAUGCUGAUGAUGAGUUCAAAAAUUCAUCUUUCCAUCUGCAGGAAAAGGAAGUACAUUCAGACACUUGAGAAAAUGUGACUUUAUCCUAAAAAAGGGACAGUGGACGAGAUGAAGUCACUGGCAAUUCGAGCUCCAAACAUACUGCCUUGUUCAUUGAUGUAAAUGUCUUAUAUAUUGUAUUUGCUUCAGGAAAUAGUCAGAUUUUUCCUAUGCUUGUUUACACUGUGAAAUUCUGUUUCCUCAAGGAAAAAUAGUCAUUCAAAUCUCACCACCACAGUAGAUAUUUCCAUAGCUCAUAUCAUUUACUGUACCUGACCCUAGGACAACUCUAACUCUCCUUCAACUGCUGUAUUGCUUGCACUUGAAUUUUAAACUAAGCACAUGCAUGGCCAAAAUCCGUUUGUUUUACCUUUUAGUGUGUUGUGAUCUGAAAUAUCAGGACUCAGGCCUCAUUAUAUAUUAUAUAUAUUUUUUCUUGACUUCAUUCAUUUGGACAUCUUAGUAAAUAUACUCUAGAAAGAUGCUGUUCCCACUCUAUAAUAUGUUACAAAAUGUUAUGUUAUUAUGCUCUUGUUAUAUUUUGUAACAUCUUGCCUGUUUUCCAUUGUUUAUUUCAGUUUGGGGGGUCACAUGCUGCAGAGUUGUGCUCAUGAAAUUCUCAGUUGGUGAAAUACUGAAACCAAACUACUGUCCUAAUUGUGUCAGUUCAAAUAGUCUUUGUCAGAAAGCUUCCCCCCCUCUCUCAUUGUAAAUAUUCUGCUUCAUUAGAUCUUUGAUAGAAUUGUGCCCAUUUGUUAUUAUGGUGUAAUGGCUUGUGUGGCAUAUUUUUUCUGUAUAAAGGCAUCUUGUUUGUGUCUGUGUAUAACAAUAGAUUCCACUACUGACACACUUUACUGAUUAUGUGCGUAAAAGCCAUGCUUGCUGUUUGUUUCUAAACUGUUCAUUUGUCUCCAGACAAUGAAUAGAGCACAGGUCCUUAAACGCUAGGUAUUAUGUUGAUGUCGGAUUUAAUUUAACAAUUGAAGAAUAAUGAAAAUGUUGUCUUGUGCACUGUCCUGCAAGCACUAUGUAACCCACAAUGACCAAACCUAUGUUAUCAUUUAAAUACAGAUUAGAGAAAGCAAUAAAGAAUUCCUAUUUAUGAAAUGUGUUGUCAAAGAUUAAAGUUAAUAUUGACAUAACUGA